AAUAAUAGGAGGAUAGUAAUACUAGGAGAUUGCUGCAAUAUUAGUAGGAGUAAUCAUCAAUCAAUAAUCAAUUAAUCCCCUCUUCUUCCUCUUCUUCUUCCUGCAAGAUCGAGGAGGAGGAGGCGGUUUUCGUGUGGUUGGGUUGGGGCACCGAUUUCACGCCGCAAGCUCCAGCUCGCUUCCAUCUCCUCAUGCUUUCUUGGGAGCAACCCCAACCUGCAGCUGCUUGCAAUCUCGAAUUCUCCAUCCAUCCAUAGUUGGCAACGGGAAUGGUUGGGCAGACGGUCAUGCGUAUUGUGCGCCCCUGCUUCAAGCCCUCUCCGCCUGACCACCACCACCUCGCCGUCGCCGGCACCAGGGAAGGUUUGCUUUGGUACAAGGACACAGGCAGGCAUGCGUGCGGGGACUUCUCCAUGGCCCUAGUGCAGGCGAACAAUCUGCUUGAGGAUGCCAGCCAGGUUGAGGCUGCCCCUCUCCUCUUCCACCACCACACCCCUACCUCAGGUACAGGAGGGCCUUGUGCCACUUUUGUUGGCAUCUAUGAUGGCCAUGGUGGCCCCGAGACUGCUCGUUUCAUCGUAGAUCAUUUCUUCCACAAUCUUAAGAAAUUUGCUAUGGAACAUCAAACUGUUUCAGUUGAUGUCAUACGCAAAACAUAUGCUGCCACAGAGGAGGGGUUUCUGAAUCUUGUAAGGAAGCAAUGGCUCAUCAAACAGCUUGCCUCCGUUGGUUCAUGCUGUUUGGUUGGCAUCAUCAAUGAAGGAGUUCUUUAUGUAGCAAAUACUAGUGAUUCUCGUGCUGUCUUAGGGAGAAUUGAAAGGGGUUUUAGGGAUGUUAAGGCGGUUCAACUGUCAGCCGAGCACGCAAGCAUUGAGUCUGCAAGGGAGGAACUAAGACAGUUACACCCAGAUGAUCCACGAAUUAUGGUCUUAAAGCACAAUGUUUGGCGUGUGAAAGGCCUUAUUCAGGUUUCCAGAACGUUAGGCGAUGCCUAUCUGAAAAGUACAGAAUUUAACCGAGAGCCUCUGUUGGCGAGAUUCCGGCUCCCAGAACCCUUCCACAAACCAAUUCUUUGUCCAAAACCAUCCAUAGAAGCACAUAGACUAUGUACAGAAGAUCAAUUUGUGAUAUUUGCCUCAGAUGGACUGUGGGAGCACCUGACCAAUCAGGAGGUUGUGGAUAGAGUUAACUGUUCGUCACGAAAUGGUAUUGCAAGAAGACUAAUAAAAACAGCUCCGCGAGAGGCAGCAAGGAAAAGAGAAAUGAGGUACUCAGACUUGAAAAAGAUUGAUCGCGGGGUCAGGAGACACUUUCACGAUGAUAUUACUGUUGUACUAUUCCUGGACUCUGCUCUAGUUGGCAAGAUAUUCUAUGGUGGCCCAUUACUUUCACUAAGAGGCGGUGAUGGUGCUUCAACACUUGCACAAAAAUGAUGAAGAUCAUAGAGGUUUUCUGAGGGCUCUCUUUUAUCCUUGGUAUCAUGGCUGGUUAAAGCGUGGAGCAUGCAUAUCAAUUUUGAAUUCUAUGUUAUGUAUGGGUAGACAUAUACCUUUGCAUGAGCUCAAGAAUGCAAAUAUUCAUCACAUUACCCCUAUGUGGUUGGCGAAACCUGAGACCUGCAUGAUUUAAGGGUUUGAAUCUGGAGGAGCCCUGUGGAAUGAGAGCGCCGGAGUGCAUGUUCUAUGGACUUUGUAAUAUAUAUAUAUAUAUAUAUAAUGUCACCAUGCCAAAAAAAAAAGCAACUCAUUCAAUUUCAUUCAAUCCAUAUUUUCAUUCUGUGGAAGUACUUAUACUUAAAAUAUAGAAUUCA